AAGCUAUAUGUUACUUGGAAGCGUUUAAUUCCCAACCAUACUUAUGCUUUGUUAAGAGGAGACGUCAGACAUCAUGCAGAAGAAGAAAAGCAAUCCAAAGAUGCAUCAUUGAAGAUAGAGACAAAGAAGCCUUGGAUCGUGUAGCCUCCCCAAAAAGCCAUCCUUUUUCUCUCUUCAUGAAUCUUGCCCCUCAUAUAAAUUUCAAUGCACUUCUUUCUCCCGAGAGAGAACAUACCUAAAAACCAAACGAUGUCUCUGAUCAUCGGUCGGCCUCGUGUCACAAUUAGAGGAAUCCGAAGAGCAAGAACUUUCCGUUAUUUCUGGUGUCAAAACUGCCAUCGUAGUGUUAGGAUUAAUGUCUCCACAAACAUAUUCGAAACAUGCAUGUGUCCCAAUUGCUUCCAUGAGUUGCAUCUUGAUCUGGACAUGUCAAGGCCUAGCCCCGUGAUCACUGGCCUCAGGAGCCUAGACGCCUUGGCUCGCCUGCUCGACUCAUCUCCAAGGCCUCGUCAAAAUGCUGGUUUUGGCAGGAGAUUGGAAUUAGGGGUCUCUGAAGUUGGAAAUGGAGGACCAUUUCAACAAGCUGGGAUUACUCUUGUCGGACCGCCUCGUCCACCAAGACCUAUUUCUCCACCAUUUGAGGAGGUGCUGAACGAGUUGGUCGGAGGGUUGGCCCGGCAGAAUGACCUGCAGCCAGGGCCGCCUCCGGCUCCGGUUGCUGCAGUUUCAGCCAUCGAAGCCUUACUGCCAAGGGUGAAACUCACGCAGAAGCAUUUAGAUGACGACCCAAGUUGCCCGGUGUGCAAGGAAGAUUUUGAGCUUGGUGGGGAAGUGAGACAGAUGCCAUGCAAACAUUUCUAUCAUUUCGAUUGCAUUGUCCCUUGGCUCUCCAUCCACAACACUUGCCCUGUUUGCCGCUAUGAGCUGCAAUACACUUACGACAACUACGUUCUAGAAGACUUUAGAGAUGAUGAAGGUUUUCACUUUGAAGAUCUAACAAACGGGCUGAUCAACUGGUUAUGGAAUCGACUCUUCUUUUUCUGGCCUUUCCGUGCACUGUCGAGUUGGGCACAACGCUACCUUAAUUUUGAAGAUUCUACUCCAUACUAGUUCUUCUCGGGGUAUUUUCUGGUGGCAUUCUUGGCCCAUUCUAUAGCUAGCUUUGUGUUCAUGUCACUGCCAGGUGCUAAAAACAGAUUCUCUGAGCUCUACAAUUCAUAAUUAUGUUGCUUCCAAGGCAGGUAAAAGAAAUAAAUUAAUU